AUGACCGACUUAUAUCAGAAGAUAACUUCGCUGGAGAGCCAACACAAACGGUCACAACUGACCGGGGUCUACGGGGAACUGAUGGAACAUAGGAGGAAACUUAAAGACCUCAUCACACGAAAACACCUUCGCAGUCUACAACGCACGAAAGGAUUCUACUAUGCCCACGCUAAUAAUGGGGGGAGAUACCUGGCUAGGCUGCUCAAGGGCCCUACGCCCCGCAGGCAAAUACGACAACUACGACUGGCCUCGG